AGCAGCAAGCCACGCGGACAGAGCGCACCUCACCGCGGCCAGGGCUACCUGCCCAAUCUCGAUAGAUGUGGCACGAUGGACUCCCCUACCAACGAACACACCUUCACAGGCGACCCCAAGCCCAAGCCUCGCCAGCUGCCUGUAGACCUUCCCACCUCGCUCGAUGACAGACGGCCGGCCUCAAUGAUGAUGAGCGAGGAGACAGAAAUCUACGAUGCCUGGCAGGGCCAGUCGCAAUUCCUCACCACUCCGAUGCCUGCCCAGCCCCUCACGUUCAAUCUCUCCCUCGAUGAUUCCAAUUACGCCGACGAGGACAUGCAGCAACUCGAUGACAGCGACAGUCGUUUGGUACAGAUGCUGGCGCACCAGGCCCGCCUCAAGAACGACAACGCUGGGGAUGAGGCCAAAGUGGUGGCUGAUGAACAGCUCUCGCACGAUGAGAAACGGGAGGCGUUGCAGGGCCUUUUUGCCCUAGCAACUUCGAAUGGCGAAUUGGAACGCAUAAAGCGAUUACUCGACGGCAAGGCCCGCGAAUACAUUAGUGUGGAUGCUGUGGAUGCUGAGGGAACUCCGCCCUUGGUUUACGCGAGUUGUUUUGGUCACCAAGACGUUGCGGAGCUCUUGAUCAAAGAAGGCGCGACUGUUGAUGCGCAAGACAAGAACCGCUGGACACCCCUGAUGUGGGCCAUGACCAAUCGCCACAAAGAUAUCGUGAAGCUUCUUCUAGACAACGGCGCUUCAACUGACGUCAAGUCGUCUGCCGGCAGAACCGCAUUCGACUUUGUGGAGCCCAACGGCGAGAUAUCAGACUAUCUCCACGAGAGCGGCUACACCAAUAUUGGCAACGCGGGUGUGUCGGACGAUUUCUAUAGUUCGGGGUUCUCGCAAGACCGGUUUGAACAAGAAAUGCAAGAAAACGACAUGAAGCGGCGCAUGAUGAUGGAAAGCGCUUUCAAUUUGGAGGUUGACAUCGGUAACCUUGGCCUCGAUGAACAGCCCGAGUCCCCUGAAGCAGCAGAAGAAGAGCAAGAAUUUGUUUGGGAUCGUUGCCUUCACGAUCAGAUGUUUGUCUUCCAGGAGAACGAAUUGGACCGCAUACUCGAUAUUAUAAUCACCAACAUGACGCCGCAACGAUCUCCAUCUCAGAAGCCCAUUCCUGCAAACAUAUUGUUUCUGAGCGCCCGCUAUGCGCAUUACCAUGCCGGAACCGAGCUACUAGAGGUCCUUCUCAUCGCAGCCAUGGACAAGAUCAAUGUGGUGGUGGAGAAGCACCAGUGGGAUAUGACCGUACUUGCGUUCUGGAUAUCAAAUGCAACCUUGCUACUACACUACUUGAAAAAAGAUACGGGACUUGCCACUGCCACCAUCCAAUUCCAACUGCAACUGGCAGAACUUGUGAACGACAUCUUCAUCUUGAUUAUCAGAGAUGCUGAGCGCCGAAUGGACAAAAGCCUGGAUCAGGCUAUGCUGGACCAUGAACCAAUGCCUGGUUUUGAAGAUGUCACUUUCCAACAUGAGUGGAAAAUUUUCAAGUCCAAACCGAAAGCGAAACCAGUCGAACCGUUAGAAAAGCGAUUCCGCCCGCCAUCCCCGAAACAACGAAUGAAGCCCUCCCCUCGAAAUAUCACCUCUCUUCUUUCUUCUACCCUAUUCGUUCUGGAUUUGUACGACAUCCAUUCGGUCAUCAUAGCUCAGGUUCUCGGCCAGUUGGUGUACUGGUUAUCAACAGAGAUGUUCAACCGUAUCAUGUCAGACCGUAAAUAUCUCGCUCGCACCAAAGCCAUGCAGAUUCGAAUGAAUGUUUCUACACUCGAAGAUUGGGCUCGCACCAAUAAUCGUCAACCUGAACACUACGAAAAUGGAUCAAUGACAUCAACUGGUGAAAAUACAAUGGAAGCGUCGCAGCGACACCUUGAACCUCUUGUGCAGCUUCUCCAGUGGUUACAGUGUUUUUCCUCUCUCGGGGAAGAUUUGGAGUCUCUCGUAGGUACAUUACAACAGUUGCCGCGCUUAACGCAUCAACAAUUGCUCCACGCCGCGAAAAACUACAGACCCGAGGUCGGCGAGAAAGGCCUGACUAAAAGUGCACGCAAUUACAUUAUCCAUCUCCAGAAAGCCGCAGCAGAGAGAAGGGCCGCACGAGCGAAGUCGCCGAACCCCCAGAAGAAAGCUCCCGAUUCAACACCGUCAACGCCCGUGAAGCCUACGCCACAGCCUUCUACUUCGCCAUCGCCGGCGCCUUCCAGGGCUUCUGAAGAUCACGAUCAAGAGGAACCGCCAGAUGAUUUACUCCUCGAUCCCUCGUAUAUGCUUCCGUUCCACCUUCCGACUUCAACGGACAUGCUCAUCACGUAUGGUGCCGGGUUCGGCGGUGUAAACAAAGAGAGAGAACGCAAAUACAUCCCCACAGUACCUCCAGAAUUUAUGUCGAAAUUGGACCUGAGUGGCGGGAACAGAAACGGUGGUAACCUAUACGACGAUACCCGUUGGGAUGAUAGCACAAACUAUGGAUGA